UUCAGCAAGUCAACGCGCUUUCACUCCAGGACGUACUUGUUGACUGCCGCAUUGGCUCGUCCCACCCCAUAAAAUUCCUCAUCGAUUCCGGUUCUGACGCUAAUGUCGUGGGCGGUGCAGACUGGUCGGUUCUGGAGAAGCAGUUUGAGCGAGGGGAGAUUGAACUGACCCCGGCAAAAUGCACAAACGACAGGAACUUGCAAGCUUAUGCGUCCAACAAGCCCAUGAGAGUAGACCGAAGUUUCAAGGCAACAAUCGAAGUUUGCGGACCCAACAAAGCUGCGAUCGAGGCCGAGUUCCUGGUGGUUGAAGAAGGGAGGCGUUCACUGCUUGGUAGAGAAACGGCCAGCGACCUGAAUCUGCUGAAGGUGGGAUGUGCAAUAAACAGCUGCGAGAAUCCGGAUCAGUUCCCAAAAAUGCCAGGAGUGAAGAUAAGCUUUAGUGUUGACAGAUCUGUACCGCCUGUGCGCAACGCCUACUACAACAUCCCAGCUGCGUAUCGCGACAAAGCACGACAGAGACUUGCAGAGAUGGAGCGACAAGGAAUAAUAGAAAAGGUGACUUCAGCCCCACAGUGGAUAAGCGGUAUGUCGGCGGUCCCGAAAGGACAAGACGAUUUCCGUCUGGUCGUCAACAUGCGAGCACCAAACAAAGCGGUCCUCCGGGAGUAUUUCCGCUUACCGCUGAUGGACGAGAUGAGAGUAAAGCUGCAUGGUGCUGAAUACUUCACAAAACUUGACCUACAAAGCGCCUACUAUCAUCUUGAACUGUGCGAGGACUCACGUGAUCUGACGACGUUCCUAUCGGAGAGUGGCAUGUUUCGUUUCUGCAGACUAAUGUUCGGUGUGAAUGCUGCGCCAGAAAUUUUCCAACGCGAGAUGGUACGAAUCUUCAAGGACGUCAAGAAUAUCAUCAUUUACAUUGAUGAUCUUUUGAUUUUCGCUAAAACGAUUGACGAGUUGCGGAAAACUACCGCAGAGGUCUUGAAGAUACUACGAGCGAACAAUCUUACGCUCAACACUGCCAAGUGCAAGUUUGACCAGACGCAAGUCACGUUUCUGGGUCAUGAGUUGAGCGCGAAAGGGUUCAACAUCGAGCAAUCCAAGAUCAGCAGCAUUCAGAAAUUCAGACAGCCAUCGACAGCAUCUGAACUGCGGAGUUUCCUGGGGCUCGCCUCUUUCGUAAGCCCGUAUAUAAAGAACUUCGCCGGGAUGUCCGGCCCCCUGUGGGCGGUGGUCAACGACAACAAGUGGCAUUGGGGCGAAGAACAGCAGACCGCAUUCGAGGCGGUGAAGGAGAACAUAAUUCAAUCGACGCUUUCGCUGGGAUACUUCUCUGACUGCGACAAAACCAUCCUGUACACGGACGCUUCACCAUACGCUCUUGGUGCUGUACUAGUCCAAGAAAACGAUAAUUCGACACCCCGGAUUAUCAGUUUUGCGUCUAAGGCCCUUUCUCCAACUGAAAGGAAGUACGCACAGAAUCAGCGAGAGGCGUUGGGAGCAAUAUGGGCGGUGGAGCAUUUCUCUUAUUUCUUGCUGGGAAGACAUUUCGUUCUACGGACAGAUGCACAAGGAAUGUCUUUCAUACUCGACCGGCCACGUGAGGAAUCGAAGAGAGCGCUGACAAGGGCCGAUGGCUGGGCGCUACGGCUCAGUCCGUACCGAUACCAAGUUCAAUUCGUUAAGGGACGUGACAAUAUUGCGGACCCCUCGUCAAGGCUGUACCAGGGAGAGGACGACGAAUUUGAUGAGAGGGCGAACUCUUGGGAGGUGUGCCAACUCGAGCUGAACAGAGUGGAAUUCCUGACUGAGGACGAGAUCAAGGAGUGUACUGCAAAAGAUGACACCCUGCAAAAGGUGAUUGACUCGCUGACCUCAGGGAAGUGGUCGAACGAGUUGUUAAGAUUUAAAGCCAUCGCGAGCGAUCUUCACUACAGUGAUGGAAUGUUGAGCAAAAAUGGUUGUGCGGUGCUUCCAGCGAACCUUCGUGAAUCAGCCCUGGAAGUGGCGCACGCAGGACAUCCCCUUGAAGCAAAAUUCAAGAGCAUCCUGCGCAAACGCGUGUGGUGGCCUGGGAUGGCUGGAGAUGCGGAGAAGUGGGUCAAGUCGUGCUCGACUUGCGCGGUUAACGGACGACCUGAGAAGCCAACGCCCAUGCAGCGCUCAUUCGCUCCAAAGGCCGUUUGGGAUACCGUGGCUGUUGACUUCAACGGGCCAUACGCAAGGCUUGGUGGGAUAUUGAUCUUGGUCAUCAUUGAUCUUAGAUCCCGCUAUGCGAUGGCUUACCCUGUUAAGUCGACUGGAUUCGAACACACACGGACAGUACUAGACGCGAUCUUCGGUAGAGAAGGUUUCCCACGGGCCAUGAAAUCCGACAAUGGCCCACCAUUUAAUGGAGAGGAUUAUGCGAACUACUGCUCUGAACGAGGUAUCCAGACCGUAUUCUCUACGCCGUUUUUCCCACAACAGAAUGGCCUUGUAGAAUGCUUCAUGAAGAACGUGAACAAAGCCAUGUCGACUGCACUUUCUACGGGUAGCGAUUACCGGAAGGAGCUUCAAGCAACGGUACAAGCAUACAACGCCGCGGACCACACAGUCACCAAAGUACCACCCGAAGAGGUCUUCAGUGGUCGCAAAAUCAAGCGCGGUCUGCCGUUACUUCUCCGCGGUAGGACGGAACAUGAUGAUUUGGUGUUCGACGCCAGGGAUCACGAGGCGAAGAUAAAAUCCAAGACACGGGAAGACACACGCCGUGGAGCUAAACGGAGUACAGUCAAACCAGGGGAUGCGGUCUUGAUCGAGCGCCAGUCUAAGGCGAAGGGAGAAACUCGGUUUGAUCCUAAACGCUACACGGUAAUGGAGGAGCGUAACGGCAGUCUGGUUGUCUGUGAUCCGGAUGGCCGCCAGCUCAGACGCCAUGUUACACAAACCAAAAAGGUUCAGCAGUGGCGAGAACCCCGACCGAUCAUCCAAGAGGCCCAACGUUCCGACGAGCUGGGGUGUCAUGAUCAGGAAGUAAAGGAGAUUGAUCAACAGCGGCCGAGAAGAACAGUGAAGAUCCCCUCACACCUCUCGGAUUAUAUCCGUGCGGUUGAGGAAGAGUUUUGAUGGCCAAGACGGAAAGCACCAGGCUGUUGAGUGAAGGAAAAUAAAUUAUGACUAGAACUUUUUUUUUGUGUUUUU